AGUCUGGGAAAACCUAGGAAACAGAUCGGGUAUAUAAUAAGCUCAUCUUGCAUGCUAGGCAACAGUAUAGGACUGAGAAAGGGCAGUUUUAAGCAAGGUCUUGUAAUAAUUCUUUUGCCGUGAACUAUGGCUAGUUCCACAUCAUAUCUUCUUGUAGGAUUUCUUGUCUUGGCCACAGGAGCUCAUGCUCAGAAUUGUCCCUCUUCGAGUCCAAGUGGAACUCGUUGCUAUUGUUAUCCGCAAAGCACAGGCUACAAAAUUGAUUGCGAUGUUAACUAUUAUAAAACCAGUCCGGAACAAAUGAGAAAUGUAAUCACGUACUACCAAUCUUACGGCAACAUUGCCACUCUUUACGUCUACGGAAUCGGGCAAUCGUUUUUCAAUUACGUGGGAGAUGAUUUCUUAGCAGGCAGCCAAAUAUCAAACGUCAUCUUCCAAUGUUCCCAUUCCUCAUCCGUAAAUAGCAUGUUAGCAUUCAGUGUUGGCGCUUUUACAGACAGCCAAGGAAUAUGCGGUUUAACAGGAGAAAUUAAUUUUAGUCAGUGCAACUUGCGUCAGUUCUAUGCAUCUGCAUUUAAAAACUGCAAUAGAUUGGAAAAAGUGGCAUUCAUGUCCAGCCACGUCGAAGGCCUCAUCGAUUUCCCGACAUUGGAAAGCUUGAGAAACUUGACCGUUUUCACGCCAAUCUUCUGGACUGGUGCAACGCAAAGAGGCCUUUCCCGUCUCACGGUGGUUCCCGGUUCAUCGUUUCCUCUUCUUAAUUAUGUUGAUCUCACCGGAAACAGUCUAGAAGACGACUCGGUUCAAUUUGUAUCUCAGCUAAGAAAUGCAGAGCAAAUUUAUUUGGAAGGCAACAAUUUCUCCACUGUGCCCAAUUUGACGGAUUGUUUUAGUUUACGCCAGUUUUCCAUCACCCUGAAUUCCAGUUCGUCUAGUUCUAUUCUUCUCCCCAAGCCGAGAUCACAAACACGACCUCUCCUUGCAUCUUUUUAUUCCGACUCCAAUGCUGUGAACGACGUAACUGCUUUUGAUGGGAUGUUUGUCCAGGACGUUGUAAACCUUAAAUUGAACAUGACGAUGUUUGCUGAGGAAGUUUUCCUAGACCCCCUUCUCCAGUCGAGUGGCCUCACCAUUAACCUAAACCCAAAUGCGCGCAUUAUGUGUGGAUGUUCAAUUGCAUGGCUCAUUCGUGAUAACCCCUCUCUGCUCUCUCAAAUACAUAACGGAAAUUGUGCUGAUGGGCGACCUUUCGAAACAUACCCUUUGGAAGACGUUUCUUGUUGUUCAACAGAGCCUUUGAUGGCGCUGAUUAGACGCCAACGAAAGGAGAUAAGCGAUCUAAAGGCUCUUCUUGUGACUAAUUGAGAUGUUGAGUCUGCAGCGGACCCUCUUGCCAAUCAAGACUAUUUAGCCCCGCAAUCUUUAGUGAAGUAUGUGAAUGACAUUAGAACAUAAAGUCUUGUUUGGUCUCUACCCUCUGUGUAUACAUUUGCUGUGUAUGUAAUAUAAAUAUACGGCGAGUACUUGUA